CGCUCUCCCUCCCUCUCUCUCUUCUCUUCCUUGGCUCUCGCAGCUUCUUCCCUCGACCACCGUCGCGCGUCCUCCUCCCUCUGCUUCACCUCGUCACUUUUUUCCCCGACUGCCACUCAAGUCGAUUCCCUUCAGACUUGCUCACCUACUAGCUCCGACGGUACUUUUCCGUCUGUAGCUAGUGUGGCCUUUUUCGUCACUUUUACCCUUUCACCUUUUUUUUCUUCUUUUCUUCCCUUCUCAAAACAAACACCCGUGCUCACCAGCGCGUCGACAUCGUCUUUCCAAACUUACGCAACGUUGUCGCUUUAUCUUACGCUAGCGCGCUACGGUUGUUCUUUUCGCAAAAUAUCCAUUCAUACGGAGCUCUAAUCAUCGUCGUUCUAAACGAUCUUCCCGAGCCUUCCAACCUUCGAUCGCAGACGUCCUUCGAACCGAAUGACUCCCUAAUAUAAAGCAUCAUCAUUCAACAAGAUGUUCGGAGGUUUCGGACAAAACAACCAGCAAAGCUCCGGCUUCGGGGCAGGCUCUGGCUUUGGUGGCACGAGUACUGGUGGAGGAUUCGGAACUGGCACGCAGAAUCAGUCGACGUCCCUGUUUGGAGGACAAAAUCGCACGAGUGGAUUCGGAACUGGAACUUCGACCGGAGGAGGCCUUUUCGGAAGCGGAACUGCCACAGCUGGUGGUAGUAGCGGGUUCGGCGGCUUCGGAACGUCCUCCAACACUGGCGGAGGGUUCGGCAGCACUGGCACUGGCACUGGCACUGCCGCUAGCACUGGGGGUGGGCUAUUCGGCAACAAAACUGGGGGUUUUGGCAGCUCAGCUGGCACCGCUGGUGGAUUCGGUACAAGCGGUGGCACUGGUGGCUUCGGCAGUACCGCAUCGGGCUUCGGUAGCGGGACAGGAACUGCCUUCCAGCAAGCCAUUCCUCCCUCUGAUGGCACUGGAAGCACGCCAUUUAGUCCCUUCACUGAGAAGGAUGGUAACACCACGGGGAUGAAUCACUACCAAAGUAUCACCUUCAUGCAGCCGUACAGCAAGUAUUCCUUUGAAGAACUUCGCUUAGGUGAUUACAACCAAGGCCGUAGGUUCGGCAACGGUAGCGGCCAAGCCGGUGCCUUUGGCACAUCGGCCUUUGGUGGAUCUGGCUUUGGACAACAGUCGACCGGCGGCUUUGGAAGCACUUCCACGCCAUUCGGAGGCGGAACCAGUGCUCCCUCGACCUUUGGACAGACGCAGACGGCGGGUGGAUUUGGAUCUAGCACCAACUCCAACCCCUUGUUCGGAGCAGCAAAGCCGGCCACUUCCUUAUUUGGAGGUGGAACUGGUACUACUGGCACCUCCCAGCCAAGCCUCUUCGGUGGAAACACAUCUACUACUGCUACUACGGGUGGAUUUGGAAGCGGCACAGGAACCACCGGCUUUGGUGCUGGAACCGGCGGAUCUCUGUUUGGUGGCAGCGCGAAUAACAAUACCCAACAACAGAAGCCUCUAUUCGGAAACAGUGGCUCCACCGGCACAGGUUUUGGCAGCGCCUUUGGCGCGCAAAACACAAGCGCCGCCUCUCCUUUUGGUGGUACUGCUGCGACCUCCUCUCCCUUUGGCGGCCAACAACAGCAGCAAACCGGUACCGGCUUGUUCGGAGGUGGGCUCGGUCAGCAAAACCAAGCCCAAAAUCAGCAGCAGACUCAGAACAAAGGAUUGUUUGGCGGAUUCGGCUCAAACACGCAGCAGCAGUCCAGUACCCCGAGUCUCUUCGGCAAUACUGGGGCUGGCACUGGCACCGGCACGACUGGCUCUUCUCUCUUUGGCCAGAACACUCAGCAACCACAACAGCAGUCGACUGGUGGAUCGCUCUUUGGAAACAACCAGCAAACCGGCACAAGCUCCCUUUUCGGCGGAGGCCAGCAGCAGGGCCAGAAGAGCUUGUUCGGCGGCAGCACGCCUGCCACCGGCACCGGCACCGGCACCAGCGCAUUUGGCGGCUUUGGUAAUACUCAGAACCAGCAGACGGGUGGUGGCCUGUUUGGCGGCGCCCAAAACCAGCAGCAGCAGAAGCCGAGUCUAUUCGGCGGUGGCACUGGAACCGGCGGUUCUCUCUUCGGAGGACAGAGCACCACGACUCCGAGCACCGGCGGUUCGCUUUUCGGUAACACGCAGAGUCAGCCUCAGCAGACUGGGGGGCUUGGUACCUCGAGUCUUUUUGGCGGCAGCCAGCAGGCACAGCCCCAGCAAGCUCAGCAAUCACAGCCGGCCCCUGGUAGCUUGCAGGCCUCUCUUUUGGACGGCAACCCCUAUGGCAACCAGUCCAUCUUCUCUGGCUUGCCAGCCCCGAGCGCUUCCAGCCCUGGCCCCUUGGCGACGCCACUUUCGUCUGCCGCCAAACAGAAGCAGCGCACUCCGCUCCCUGUCUAUAAGAUCACCCCCAAUGCCGCUAACCGCCUUCUUACACCCCCCAAACGCCAGGGAUACGGAUUCUCUUACUCCACCUAUGGCUCACCUUCGAGCUCUGCUGGUACUCCUAGCGGACUUGGUGGCAGCGUGCUGGGUGGAAGCCUGCGUGGAAGUGUCAAUGGAAGUCUUGGGCGCUCGAGCUUUAGCAAGAGUUUGUCUACCAGCAAUCUGCGCAAGACAUUCGAUCCCGACACCGACAGUGUCUUGUCGCCCGGUGCACUUACCUCUGGCAGCUCCCGUCUGUCAAGCGGCAGCCUGAAGCGCCUCACCAUUGAUCGUAGCCUGAGGAAUGACCUCUUUGCUCGCCCAGCCAGUACCCCAGCUGCCCCGAUCACCAACGGCGAAGACGCAGCACAGCCGGCCGAUAAGAUGAAGAAGAAGGUCAGCUUCGAUUCAUCGUCGGAUACGCCAGCCACUGGAGGAGAGAUCGUUCCGGUGCAGUCUCAAAGCCCCGAGCCUACUCCGGAGGAAUUGGGAUUCCUGCGCUCCAUCCGCAAGAGCAACACAGUCAAUGGCCUCAAUGGCAUCAAGCCUAGCGAGCCUUCUAUCCGUCCUGAGAUGGAGUCUGUUCGUGGUAAUGAGCUUGCCGUUGUCCCCGAGAAUGCGGCGACGACCUCAACUACUCCUGAGGGCCCCUCUCGUCUGCCUUUCGUUCCUGGUGGAGACCCGCAACCGGGCGAGUACUGGAUGAAGCCCACCCGCGCUGAGAUCAGCAAGCUGAGCCGAGAGCAGCAGAAGAAGUUUGUUGGCUUUACUGUUGGUCGUCAAAGGUGCGGCCAAGUGACGUUCGAUGAGCCCGUUGAUCUGACCACCGUGGACUUGGACCGCAUUUUCGGCGACCUUGUAGACAUCGGUGUGCGCAAGAUCACCGUGUAUCCGGAUGAGACCAUCAAGCCCCCGAGGGGCAAGGGCCUGAACGUUCCCUCCACCCUUCGCAUCGAAAAUUCUUGGCCUCGGGGUCGCGACAAGAAGUCACCUUCCCCUCUCACCAGCGGCCCUCUGUUCGAUAAGCACGUCGACCGCUUGAUAAAGGUGCACAACACCGAGUUCGUGGACUACGAAAAGGAGACCGGCACGUGGGUGUUCCGGGUGCCCCAUUACACCACCUAUGGUCUUGAUUAUGAUAGCGACGAGGAAGAAGAAGGUGAGAGCCUCAACCAAAGCACUUUUAGUGCUGCUCCUGACACUCCGACUCCGAAGGCUCAAACCCCCGCCAACCCCGAUACGACCAUGGGCUCGGAGAUGAUGUCUGCCUUCUCCACUGAUGACUCCUUUGUGGGUUCAAUGGCUGGCGUCGACGAUGAUACCUUUGAUUUCAAAAAGCGUAAGAUUGUCCCGGGUGCGUUUGGCAACCAAAUGAUGGAGACGGUUGAGGACCAGCGUUCGGUCUCUGGAGACGAUGAGGAGUCUUUUUUAGGGGAAGGCUCCACGGGUUCGACUAUUGAGCAAGACGGCGAUGAUAUCACCGAAAGCCAACAUUCUGGCGAGUCACUAGUCGAAUUGGAUGAGGGCGAGGAAAUGGACAUGGCGGGCACCUUUCCAGACCUCCAUCCUACCGUGGAGCGCGAUGACACCCAAAGCACCGAUACCUUUAUGGAGACCACCCAGCCUGUAUUGAAGCCUUGGAACACGCCUUCGAAACCUCGUCUCGACCUUACUGGAGACUGGGCGGAGCAUCUGCAACGCACCAUCAGUCCCCGGAAGCAAGAUCGCGAUGCACUUCGUGAGAUCCAAGCCAAUGCCUUUACCGACCGGUCUCUCCGUGAGGAUACCCCCAAGCCAUCUGCCGCCGAUACCAGGCAAAAGGGCUUCGCCACCAGCAUCGAUUUGAUGAAUUCUUUGUUUCAGCAACCACGCAAACAACAGGCCGCAUCUCCUUUGAAGGCACAAAGCGUGCGGCCUAAUGGCUUUGAGUGGCCUUAUAACAAGAAGCCCAAGACUUUUGCUGGCGAAUCCCACGAGCUAAGCGAAGACGACCUUGCUUUCCAUCAAUCAUUCAAACCGCGUUGGGGCACGCUGAACUCUCUUCUCUGCGCCAAGAAUGAUAUGUCGGACAUGCAGGCGGUUGAUAGCGCUUGGAGGCACAAGCUUUCUGUGACUAGCGAAGGAAGGGAUGUGGCUCUCUUGGAAUACAACACACCCGUGGAACCGAGUGAGAUGCUGGAUGCCCAGAGGAAGCUGACUGCCGUUUCACGUGUUGACGGGGUUCCCUUUGCUCGUCUGGCAAAGGCCGACUUCCGGGAAUUCGUGCAAGCUUCGAACUUGGUACAAUCUGACCACGAGCGACUUCUCUGGCAGCUGGCCAACAUCCUCUUCAACGACAAGACUGAGGAUGAUAUUUCCGCUGGCGUGCCACCCAAUCUUCGUUCCAAGUACAUUCACCGUAUCAAGAAAGACCGCCUGACCCGUCUGUGGGAAGGUAUCGUACGUGAAAAGCAUGCACAGGCUGUGGCCAAGGCCAGCUCAGCCGAGGAGCGUGCCUUUUACUUGUUAUGCUUGCAUCGGGUUGAGGAGGCUUGCAAGGUCCUGAUUGCUAGUCAGAAUUUCCAUCUCGCGACACUGGUUGCUCAGAUCGCGCGCGAUCCCACGACGCGCACUGAUAUGGCUAAACAGAUUGAAAUGUGGCGCCAGAACAAUGUGUAUUCUGAAAUGAGCGAGCCCGUCCGAGCUUUGUACGAACUUCUAGCCGGCAACGCCCUUCGCAGCGAAGGCAAAACCACUGGUGCGCUGGAGGAUCGUCUUUCUACUUUCACCUUCUCUGAGCGAUUUGAGUUGGAUUGGUUCCAGGCUUUCGGCCUUCGUCUCUGGUAUGGUAUCACCGACGAUGAGCCCAUCGAAGCUGCCGUCUGCCAGUUCGUGGACGACCUCUACGAAGGGAAUGAGCCGGCCCUUCCGACGCCUUACAACCAGGAAGACAUCGUAGAUCGCGAAUCUCCUCUAUGGGUUUUGCUGAAAGUGUAUGCCACGACAACUGGUGGAGCUGCUCGGACGGCCAAUCUCCAUCCACAGGAGUUCCCGGCUGUUCUCCUGCCUGAGUCGGUCAGCGGGGAUAAGCAGUCAAGCCGGUUGUCCUUCCAGCUUUGUCACAUUCUUGCGGCAGCCAUUGGGCAGCACGAAAGUUUCCAAGUCAACACGGCGCAGUUGGACCAGCUCGUGUGGGACUAUGCUUGGGAGCUUUGCUGCAGUGGCACUGUGAACCGGGCACUGUUCGUCCUCCUCCACCUCUCGCAUGCAUCCGAUCGCGAGCGUGCUGUGAAGGAGACUCUAGCCCGGUUUGCGCCCCAGCUGCCGGAGCCGGUCACCUCAGACGGCCAAACCAACGUGAUGUGGACUUAUCUUACGCAUGAUCUUCAGCUGCCUGAGAGCUGGAUCUGGGUUUCGAAGGCGCUUUAUGCUCGCGACACGGGUGAUGCGGCACGCGAAGUGGACUAUCUUGUCCGUGGCAAGAACUGGAACGAUGCCCACGCUACCUUCUGUCGUGUUGUGGCGCCAACUGCCGUGAUUGAGGGUGACUAUGGCACGCUAGAGAUGCUGGUGUCGGGCUUUGGCGAGGAACCUGAGCGAAAGGUGCGCGGCUGGGCCAAUGGUGGUGGCAUUUACGACGACUUCCUGCGCCUGGCUACGGCCAAGAGCGGCAAGCGCGAUGCUACCCGGCUUGCCCGGUUAGUAAGUGCCUUGGUGAAGAUGGGCGACAAGGUCAGUCAGGGAUCGGGUGUGGAAGGAUUAGAGGAACGUGUAGCCUUCCGGGAAAUGAGCCGCGUGGUUGCCACUUGGACUGGGCAUGAGGACUCAAAGGCAAUCGAGCUGUCCAGCGUACUCAGUCUGCCUUUGACGGGCGACGCACGCCUUGCACAGACGGCCGAAAUGAGUCGGCGGUACUACAGUCUCAUCAUGGCUGGGGGCUAUUGAUCUACCAUGGUUUCGGGAAUUUGGGUGGAAGGGACUCCGUUGUUUGGAUGCAGCAUACCGAGUGCUGGUCGAAGCUGAAUCUUUGAUAUCUUGCAUCUUUUUGUGUCUAUGGGUUGACGGAACGACAUGCAGCCAUUGUGUAACUUAGAUCCUGUUUUCACUUCUCUGUUUUUGUUCGUUGUGUUUCUAUUUUCUUUUCCUUGGUUCUUGGAUGCAUUCCGUCCUCGGACUUUGCAGAGGGCGCAGAACUCUGGGUGUGUAAGUUAGCUAGCAGGUCCUUGUGAACGAAACAGUAAUUGCGCAAAGUAAUCAUCUUGACAUUUCCAAGUCUACGAAGUAGCAGCAUCUCCUAUUAGGAGCAAGUCGCCUAAAUUCAACUCACCCCCAAAUUAUAUCC